UCCAAGCAUGUUUGCCUCUCCCAUCGGGAGUCUCAGGAUGUGUUGUGGGACGCAAAGGACCAGGCAGUCAGAGUUCCUCAGCAUUUUUAUAUAAGAGAAUAAAUGAUCUCCAGGAUUCCUUAGAAGCCAGUGACACUAAAAGAGACAUAGUCAGGGGUGCUCUCCCACUGGAGCUGAGAGAUUUACAGAAAAGUCAAGCCGUUGGAUGUGUGAUUCUUGGUCCUGAUGGUGAAAUUAUUCAACUGUCAUUCUAUGACAACUUUCAGCACCAAGACCUUGAUGACAACAUAGAGCAGCAAGUCUUUCAGGGUUUGUCUGCAGAUGGUGAGACAUUACCCUGUCUCAUUGUGCUGCAGCGUGGACAGACGCAAUCUGAUGAAGAUGGGGUGCAGAACUUAAACGCACCGUCAGGGGAUGUUCCAUAUUGCGCACGCAUUAAAACAUUUUUAGAGCUUCACAGAUCUGCAGAGUCUGAUGCAAGACCACCCAACAGCCAUGAUAAUUUAGUGGUUACGAUGAAUGAAAACACAGAGAGAGCGGCCCCAAUGGAGGGAGCAGGAUGCAAGGACAAACAAGAUGCUAAAAUUGAAGUUGGGAACUCCUCACCAAAGGAACAUGUAGAGGAACCUCCAACAGGCAGCACUGAGGAGCAAGAGGAGGUAGUUAAAUGUCUGCCACUAGCCAGUUCAGGACAUACCAGCCACUUUGACAGUGACACGAUGCCGGAAUCUGGACUUGGUACCACUUCCAGCCAUCAUGGUACGAUUGCUAGGAAAGCACCAAGAAAGGAACCAACAGUGGGAAUAAAAAAGGACCUAGAGAGUGAAACUGCAGAUGAAGCUGCACGGGGGAAGGAUGUGAAAACUAUCAGGCCACAAGAAGCAGUCGGACAGAUUCAAUCCAGGAUGAACAAAGUUGGAAAUGUGAGGAAGUGGAGGCAACAGGGCGAGAGUGACACUACCUUGACUGAAAGCCAAUUAGAAGACAAGCAGACCAAGAUAGAAACAAAGGAGAGAGACAAAAAAUCUACAUUAUCAUCAGUGAAAAAGAGCGGGGCCAAGAAAGGAAAGAACAGCAAAAUAAGAACAAAGGAUACCGCAGAUGAAGAGAAAGGAAGGAUGGAAGAGUCCACCAGUAGAAGCCAAGGAGCAAAUCAAAAGUACAAAGAGGAUGCUGUUAAUGUUUACUCACAUGAACAACUGGACAAUGACAGAGAGAAGGUUGCAACUGAACAAGAAUCAGCCGAAGACUUUCACCUAAAAUCAGUCGCAGAUUUUUCUGGCAAAAGAAACGCUGGAAGCAGCUUAGAAGACACGGAUCACCUUUCCACUGAUGACAAGCACAGCACUGACGGCAGUACCCAGUCAGUUAGUUCCCUGAAUGCGAGAAGUUCACUGAGAUCUUCCUGUGAGGGUGUAUCGGUCAACAUGAGGCUUCUGGGAUCCUCUCACGGUCAACUGUCCUCGUCAUGCUCCACCGUCAUGGUAACUGAGGAGCAGCUGAUGUUAAACCUUGUGAAGACUGAGGCCUCCAGAAGAAGUCGAGAAGAAAUUCAUCAUCAGGCCGUGAUGCAGGAAGUGGAGGGGAAGAGGGAGCAAGAUGAAAAAGAAACAAGGCAACUGCAAAAGGAGAAGAAGUGGACGAAGGAUAUCGUUAGGAACGAGCUGGAGGAGGAACGGAAAAGGAGAGCAGAAGAUCUCAGACAAAGGAAGCUUGCAGAGGAGGAGGCUAGGAGAAGGCGUGAGGAGGGGCAGCAGCAGCGAGUCGAACGGGAGCAAGCGGAACGAGAGAGGUCAAGGAGACGUCAAGAAGGGAGGAGGCGACAGAUGGAGCAAUUGCAAAAGAUAAGGGAGGAGGAGGAAAGAAAUAGGAAAGCGGAAGCGGAGCGUGUGCACCAGGAGGAGCAGAGAAAGCAGGAGGAAGAGGACAAGCGUUUGCAGGAGAUGGACAAAAGUGAGAGAGAGGAAUACCUUGCUAUGAAGAAGUAUGAAGAGGAGAAGAAAAUCAAAGAAAAAGACUAUCAAAUUAGAGAAGAACAAAAAGCUGUUCGGACCGAAGAAGAGUCCAGGAUGCAAGCUGAGCUACGCUACAAGCAAAUGGCUUUCAAGACGGGUCUACUGUUGGAGACAAAGGAGAUGGGACAAACACAGAGUAUCUCCAGACCUUGGGUCUACUCUUAUUUCACUUUGUUACAGCUGCUGGACCUCAAUCCCACUAAGACUGAUGAUAACAUAAUAGAGUGAUCCUUCAGCUCCGCGUUUGACAAAAGCGAUAACGGAAAAGUGUUAUUUUUAUGUGCACACUACAAACAUUUGUUUUUUGCAACAAAUGCGAAAAAUAAGAAAUAAGACCACAUCAAAAGAAAAAUGGACAAUUCUUCUUUCUGUAGAGUACAUUUUGGCAGCCCUUUUAUUCUCCUGGGGCCCCAAGCAACUGCCUGGCUUGCCUGUGCGCUAGCGCCGUCUCUGCUCUCAGCCCAAGUCUUUGAAAAUAGCCCAUUUGGGCGGGAACCCUCCCAAUCCUGCAGCAUUGCUGCCUGUCCUUAAGUUGUAUUGAUACCUUGUUGAUAUUCUACUC